AUGAUGAUGGCAAACAGACUGAGAAUGGACAGUCUGCUCCAAACAAUCGAGUCAUCAUUUUCUCCGAACGACUUCAUCGAGGAGAUUCAAGCCAGACCUGCAAUAUGGAAUCAUGCAGACCCACUGUACAACAACCAAGCAAGCAAAAGAGCUUCGUGGGACACGCUCAUCAAAAAGUACCAUCCAGAAUUCGAUGAGAGGCCCGGUGCUGAGCAAACCCUCAUAGCUUCCCACUACAGAAGAAAAUGGAAAAGUUUCAGAGACAGUUUUGCUCGUGAGUUGGCGAAAAUAAAAAAUGCUAGCAAACCUCGCAAGACGAAAUACAUAUACUUCAACAAGCUCAGCUUCUUGUUGACUGUGAAGGGUGUUCCUUCCAGUAACAUUGAUGAUGUUGAGUCCUAUUUGAACGACGCACAACCUGAACAGUUUGAGAACGAUGACAACAAUGCAAACAACAACAACAACAGCAGCAAUAUAAACAGCAGCAACAACGAUGGGCCCGAUUUUUCAAUUUUUGAGAUUCAGCCGUCAGAACUUUCUAGUAGCAUGUUCAAGAACAGCCUGCCAUUGAACCAUCAGUCCAUCAAGAGGGAAUCUCCAUUUGAAUUCUCAAUGAACAACCAGGAUGAGGAUUUCAACAAUGGAAACAGUCGGAAACGAAUCAAAAUUGAAUCUGAUUGCUGGAACAACAACAACAACAACAGCAGUAGCAACAGUCAUAAUGCAGUCAACAAUGAAUGUGAUGAUGAAGACAAACUCUUUUUGUUAUCUCUGCUGUCGGAGUUGAAGAGAGUUCCUCUUUCCAUCAAACUGGAUGUGAAAUGCGAUCUUCUGAACGUUUUCAAGAACGCUCGCCUGCAUUACAUGCCUCUAUCCAACGAUGCCAACAACAACGGCAACAACAGCAUGCAGAACAACAACCUCGGCGAUAACGAGAUGGACGAAGAUGAAAACAAUAUCGAUGACUCUCCAGUCAUGUAUUCCAACAACUCCAACUACUGCAAUGCUAAUCAUAUUAAUAAGAACAGUUCAUCAAAAAAUGGCAACGACAACAACAAUGAUGACGACAACAACGACAACAGUAGCACGUGUAACAACAAUAAUAACAAUGACAAUAUCUAA